AAGCCUUUGAAAGGUGCACAGUGAAAAAAAAAACCCUCAUCAACAUGAUCAACAUGAAUUUUCUUUACCUGUUUUUGAUAUUCUUUUUGUUUGCAGACAGAGUACUUGGUCAGGGUAUCCAAAAAACCAUCACUGGCUGCAUUAGUGACAACGUUACUUUGGUCUUUGAUCUCCCUGUAAAUAAGUCUCUUACUGUGGAUAGUUAUAUUUGGUAUAAACAGAUUUUAAACCCAAAGGAUCCAAGCUUUGCCAAAUACAAAGUAGCUGAUAAAAACUUCCAAAUCUUCGUAGAUGAUGUCAAGGAUCGACUACUCCACAAUCAUGAUGAUUCAUCACAGCUGAAAAAUUUAGUUUUACUAAAUGUGCAGAAAAGUGACAUUUCUAAAUAUGUUCUUGUGAUUAAUUAUGUCAAUGUCACACAACAGUCGUCGGAGUAUGUCCUGCAAUUGUCAGUAAAAGAUGUUUGCUUUGAGAAUCCCAGGGUAAAGGAUGGAUGUGUUUUUUCAACUUGUUUCACAGGAGAAAAUGGGAAGCUUACAAUGACUAAUGAAACAGACAUGAUGCAAACUGUGAAUGGCUACACAGUGAUAAAAAAGUGUACCAAAGGUAUGUCUGUCAGCUACUUGUGUUGUAAUGCAGCCGGAAAAUGUGAGGAGCAGAUGUUCAAAGUACCAGAACAUGAUAAAGAUUCAAACAAAAAUGGUGGAUCUGCAGUUCCUGUAAUAGUUGGUGUAAUAAUUGGAGUUUUAUUAGUGAUUGCAAUCGUGGUGGCAGUAGUGUUCUUCAAGCUACGUAAAGGGAAAAAGCAGGAAAGUCCAAAGGAUGAGAAAGGUGAAGUGAAAGUCAUGCUCAACAGCGAAGAGCAAACUUAAAGGAUAAGAAUAAAUAAGAAAACAUUGGGCAUUUUGAUUUCAUCUAUUGAUUGUUAAAAAGAAUUUAUUAAGUUUCAAAAUUAUUGCAAAUUUUGUUUUUCAUAUAAAAAAAAUUGGUUUUGUCAUAAAAGCUGAUUUCAUUCUCAGUUAAGACAAUAUUUUAAACUAUUCGACAGUAUAAUGUUCAUGUUUUAUUUUGUUUGUUUUUAUUUUUUUUUAAGGGAGGGGGUUAAUAUUAGGGUGUAUAACUUCACUGAUAAUUAAUGGGAGAAGUAUACCAAUAACCAAUACUUGUUGAUUAUAAUACUAGAUUUAUUGUUUUGUUAUUGAUUAUUUUCAUUAUGCUGUGCUCCUCAGGGCAGCAAUUUUGAAAUGGAAACAGGUCUUUUUUCAUUAGCUCACCUGAGUCAAAGGCUCAAUUGAGCAUUUCUGAUUGAAGGUUGUCCAGCUUCUCUCUGUCAUGUGUUGUGUGUCAGUUUUUCACAUUUUCAAAUUUUCUGGAACCGCCAACCCAGUUUCAACCAAAUUUGUCACAAAGUAGACUUGGGAGAAAGGGAUUCAAGUUUGUUCAAAUGAAGAGUCAUUAUACAUACUUCUUUCAAAGGGAGAUAAUUAAGAAAUAGAGAAUGUUUAAAAAAAAUUCUCCACAUGAUCCACUGGGCUGGAAAAAACAAAAUUAUUGUGAAAACUUUAUGAGUGUAAAUUCAAAAUUAUCCAAAUCAUGGCUCCCAAGGGUAGGGGGGAGCAACAAUAGAGGAUGAGUUAUAAACAUGGAAUAUAUAGGAAACAUAUUUUUGAAAACCCUUUUCAAGAACAACAGGACAACAAUUAGUCAUUAUAAUAUUCAAGUAUUAUCAGAUUGUGCAGAUUCAAUUUGAGCAAAUAAUGGCCCCCAGGGGUAUUGUGUGGCAACAAUGGGAAAUCAAAGUUUUACAUGGGAUAUAUUAUUGGGAAAAUUUUUUUAAUAACUUCUUGUACAGAAUGACAGAACCAUGAUUAGUCAUACUUUAUAAAUAUGCAAGCAGUUAGUGCCCAGGUAGUGCAGAAUCAAUUCAGUUUGUUUAAGCAUAGCUCAGGGGAUAUGGUGGGCCAUAAUUUUUUACGUGAGAAUAAAGAGGAAAAGAAUCUCUAGAAUUUUUCUGAAGAUUGACUUGGGUGAGCUAUGUGGCCCAUAAGCCUCAUGAGUAUGAGAGGUCUUUUUCUUUGUUUUUAUAUUUUUUUCCGUCUGUAAUAUUACAAAUUUAAUUGUAGGAUUCCUAUGUUAGAGUUCAACUUUCUUGCUUUACACAUUAAUCUCAGCCAAACAAGUUGUUGGCAAAAAUGAGAUCCCUAAUUUAACUAGAAACUAGAAAUGAAGGACAAAACAUAUUAUCAAUCAAGGAUAUUUGUAAGAUUCUUUAUAGUGGAUGAUCCCCAGGAUAACUUUGGGCCAUAACAAGUUUUGAAGUUUUUCACUGUAGGGGAUCUUAUUUUUUAAUAGGAUAAUAGAGAUUGACAUCCAGAAAAACAAAAAUAUAGAAGCAUCAAAUUAAUCCAUGAGAUAAUCACUAAAUAUGGCCUUUGACUUCAUUUUGGGCCUAAAAAGUGUUUUCAUUAUAUACUCACCUGGCAGAGAAAGAAAUGUAACUCAAAUGAGCAUUGUGGCCCAUAGGCAUCUUUUCAGCUGAAUUUUAUUAAUUCCAGAUAUAAUACCACACUUAAAUCAAUUCCUAUCAGUUUGGUAUAACCAUGUUUACCAUGUGGAAAAUGAGGGAAAAAUGUUGAACAUGAAUAAGUUACAUUUGUAACAUAAAUACAUGUACUUUCUACAAAGUGAUUCUGAGUACAAAGAGAAAAUUCACCAAGAGCACCAUAAAGUAGAGCACUCUGCAGCAAUUGAUACCAGUUUCAUCCCCCCCCCCAAAAAAAAAACCCCUAAAAAUAGAUUUGGUGGAUACAGCAUUUUCACCACUUGCCAUCUCCUUGUCAAGUAUUUGACCAAACGGUCAUACACUAAUCAUGUCAUUAUUGAAAUCUUCCACUGGUUUUGACCUAAUCUUUUAUAUUGAAACCAUAUUAUUGAUAAUCUAUUACUGAAUAUAUAUAAAAUUCAAAAAUCAAAUAAUGUUAUCACUAAUAUAUAUAAAAUUCAAAGAUCAAAUAAUGUUAUCACUGCCUUAUUCUUGAACCAUUUGACCUCCAAAUCAAGACUUUUUUCUGGUCCCAGAAGACUCAGUGGCUUAAAUUGAAGAAAAAGCUGAAAGAUGGAGUAUUCUGUUUAAUGUGUCAACAGAUUGUCUAUUUAUGUUAAUUAAUGUAAAUGCAUGUCAGCCAUACAAGAUGAAACUACAUGUACAUUUUAUUAAAAAAAAGAAUAAAGAUUUAAGUAUGAAGUCUAGUUGUACAUCUUGGCAACUAUUCUGUGUAGUCAGAGACAUAAGUAUGUUAUAUGUCUCUGGUGUAAUGCACUAUCUACAGUAUGUCUGAAUUGAGUAUUUCAUGUGUAGCUGACUGCUCAUAGUUGUGUAUGGAUUGCUCACAUUUUGGUAGAAUGUAAUUGCUUAAUAAGCAUGAUAAGAUUUAGACUUUAAUUCAAGUUUUUACGUCCAUGUGUUGUGUUAUUGUGAAGAUUAUGUAAGUGAAUAUUUUUGUGCAUAAUAUUUUUAAAGAGCUGAGAAUGAUAGUAUUGUUUUGCUGCCUUUACCUUCAAAUCAAUUUUCAAAAGUUUAUAUAUUUGAAUGAUUUUUAGAUCACCUGAGUGACUCAGGUGACCUAUUGCUAUCUGUUUUUGUCUGUUAUUGUCCGUCAUCUGUCUGUCAUAAACUUUUGAACAUUUUCACCUUCUUCUCAUAAACCUAUGUAACAAUUUCAAGCAAUUUUGGUAUAAAGCAUCUAUGAGCAAAAGGGAGGGGGGGGGAGGGGAACAUUGUGAAUUUCUAGGUCCCUGCCCCACUGGGGCCUGAGAGAUGGGGUCAAAACCAUAAAAAUUAAUAGAAUUUUUAAAAAUCAUCUUCUUUACUACUGGACAUCAAGCAGUUAAACUGUUGGCAUGAUUAUAACAACCAAUGAGUCCUUUACCAAAAUUGUGAAAUUCAUGGCUCCAGGGUUGGGGGUUCUGGACUUAGAAUAUAGUGAAAAUUCUUUGAAAAUCUUCUUCUCUGCAUCUGUAUAUUUAGCACAAAAAAUAGGUGCAUGGUUAUGAUAAGUAAGGAUGUCUCUUAAUUAUGGAAUUCAUUGCCCCUGGGUCAGGGGUUGUGGUGUUAGGGUGGGGCUCUAUUGAUUAUAUAGAGAAAAAUGCAUUAAUUCCUUGAAAAUCCUAGUUGUAAUGAACAAGGUCAUUUUUACCAGAUUUGUGAAAUUCUUGAUCACUGGGUUAUGUCCUUACACUUGUACGGAAAUUUCUACUCUACCGAGAGAAGUUAUUCCCCUUUGCUAUUCACCUGUGAUAAUUUGCUAUUUACUUCUCUGCUCCUUGGUAUUAAGCAAAUAAAGUAAGUUUAUGGUAAUGAUGAGCAAGGAUGUCUCUUUCAAAAAUGUGAAUUUCAUGGCCCCUGGGUCAAGGAUUCAGUUGUCAGUGUUUUCUUUAGCAUGUAUGUUGAUGGUGUAUUAGCACUCACAAGUUAAUAAAUUUACAUAUACCCUAUGAUUUGUUACUGAGUACUCGACUUCUUAGUUGAUCGUCCUAUCAACUGAUCAUCCUAUUUCUCUUGCUAGUGGGUAACACAUCUUCAUCUAUCAUAUACAUGUACAUCUAUGGAUCCUUACAGUGUUGUACUAUACUCAGGUGACUGUUGAGGUCCUUGGGCUUCUCAUUCAUAUUUAUAUAGAUAAUUAUAUGGAUUUUCACAAUAUAUAAUUUAUUUUGGAAAUCAAAGAGAGGUCCCCCCUUGUUUAAUUUGAAUAAAUUUGCAUUGUACAUAAACAUACAGAAAAACUUACGGUAUAUUUAUCCAUUCUUGUGAGUUUUUAUUUAAAAUCUGGUGAUUUCUUAAAAUUCGAUUUCAAUGGAUAACAUUUUCUACCCCCUUGAUAAAAAGAGUAAUUUAGAGCAAUGAACUUUUUGACACUGGUAUUGAAAUUAUAAAUCAAUUACUAAUGAACUCUUCUUAGUUUUAAUAGCCAUAUUGCCUUUAAUGUUGAAUUAAAUGUGUGUAAAUAAAAUGUAGUCAGGAAUGGAAAGUUAAUUAGCAUGCAUAGUUUUUUUUUCUUGCAAGGAAAGUGUUGUACAUGUAUGCAUUUAUACAUGUAGGUUAUAAUUUUGUAGAAGUUAUACCUUUAUAAUAGAUAUGUAAACAAUCAUAAUGACCCAGUACAUUUUUUGUUCUUAUCAAGGUAUCUUAAACUGUCUGCUACAAGAUGCUAAUCUUGGCUAACUUUUUUUUACCUGUGGUAUCGAGUCAUCAGUGAACUUGGAGAGAUUUAAAAACAAUACACAGGUGUAAGUUCUAAUGUCCAUGUCUCAUUAGAAUGAAUACCAUCUGCAUCAGUAAGAUUGUGGGAAGUAUUAAGUCAGUUUAAGUUUAUUAAGAAACUGCCUCCUAUUUGACAAAAAUGGGGGAGGGGGGACUUUUUUAAAAAAAAAAAUCAUUUUUCAUUUAUCAUUUACGAUAGCCCUUGAAAGAAGGAGACUGGGUUACCCAUGGAUAACUUAAGAAAACAUAGCAAAUAAGAAACAUGCAAUACUUAAAUGAAAUACAUGUAGCACAGCUAUAAAAUUCAACUACCUGUGUAUAGACGAUUAGCAGAGAAUACGACCGAAGGUAGACUGCUAAACCUGGAGACAUUCACGCUUGUAAAAAUAUGUCCCACCUUCCCUGAAUUUUAUCACCAAGUUAAAAAAUUAUAGUUAUGUGAUUAUUGCAUUAAUAAUAAUUAUUUCAAAACAGAAAUAUUAAAGUUCAUGUAUCUUAAACUAAUGUAUGCCAUGUACUAUGUCAAAGGUAUCUGCAUAAAAGCAGAGGAGAAAGCUUCAAUGGUUGAUAUCCACCAAACAUCUCUGAUUUUAUACCUCAUAUUUGACAGGAUUAUAAAAAAGAAUGGAUUCAUCUUGGUGCCUGUUGUCUCUUUUAAUUGUAAACAGGUGAAAAAAAUGAAAAAAAAAGUUUGGUAUUAAUCACUUAACAUGAAGUGGUGCCAUAGAAGUCACAAGUGUUUAUUAUGCAUCUGCUUUUGCAAGACUGUGUAUUUGAUUAGUAUUUUAGCAACAUAGACAUUUUAUAGCCUACUUUUUGUACAUUUGCGCCUUGCAAUACGAUUUUGUAUAUCAUUUAAAUAAACGCUUAUUAAUCAUA